GAGCCGGCGCUGUGCGGCGCUGAGCUGUCCCCGUCCUCCCGGGGCAUCCCUGGCGCUCCAGAAAGCCCUGCGCCUUUAGCUACCGGGCUAGCCCUUGCCCCCCGAGGGCUCCCACGGGCGCCCCUGCUGCCGCGGCGGCCGGAGCCCGGGCGCCCUGGUCCUGCGCGCUCCGGACUCGCUGCGCCUCUGCGCCUCCCCGGCUGGCCAAGGACCGGGAGGAGGACGCCGCGUCCGAGUUCUGCACGCUUGGCGCUGGGCGCUUGGUGCGGGAGGAUGGAGAGCAAGGCGCUGCUGGCCAUCGCUUUGUGGCUCUGCGUGGAGACCCGGGCUGCCUCGGGGGGUUUGCCUGGUGUUUCUCUUGAUCCUCCUAGGCUCAGUAUACAGAAAGACAUACUUACAAUUAUGGCUAAUACAACUCUUCAAAUUACAUGCAGUGGGCAGAGGGACUUGGACUGGCUCUGGCCCAACAAUCAGACUGGUUCUGAGCAAAGAGUGGAGAUAACAGAGUGCAGUGAUGACGUCUUUUGUAAGACACUUGUGAUUCCAAAUGUGAUUGGAAAUGAUACAGGAGCCUACAAGUGCUUUUACCAGGACACGGACACGUCCUCAGUCAUCUAUGUCUACGUUCAAGAUUACAGGUCUCCAUUUAUUACUUCAGUUAGUGACCAGCACGAAGUGGUGUACAUCACUGAGAGCAAAAACAAAACUGUGGUGAUUCCAUGCCUUGGGUCCACUGCAGACCUCAACGUGUCCCUUUGGGCAAGGUAUCCAGAAAAGAAGUUUAUUCCUGAUGGUAACAAAAUUUUCUGGGACAGUAAGAAGGGCUUUACUAUUCCAAGCUAUUUGAUAAGCUAUGCUGGCAUGGUCUUCUGUGAAGCAAAAAUUAAUGAUGAAACUUACCAGUCUAUUGUGUAUAUAGUUGCAGUUGUAGGCUACAGGAUUUAUGAUCUGGUUCUGAGCCCUGCUUCUGGAAUCGAGCUCUCUGUUGGAGAGAAGCUUGUUUUAAAUUGUACAGCAAGGACCGAACUCAAUGUGGCGAUUAAAUUCCACUGGGUAUAUCCUUCUUUGAAGCACGGGCAUAAAAAAAUAGGGAACCGGAAUACAGACAUCCAGUAUGGGACUGAGACGAAGAAAUUUCUUAAUAGCUUCACUAUAGAUGGUGUGACUCGGAAUGACCAAGGAUGGUACACCUGUGUGGCUUCUAGUGGACUGAUGACCAAGAGAAACAGCACAUUUGUCAGGGUCUAUGAAAAGCCCUUCGUUGCUUUUGAGAGUAGCAUGGAAUCUCUGGUGGAAGCAACACUAGGAGACCGCCUGAGAAUCCCUGUGAAGUACCUGGGUUACCCUGCCCCGGAAAUAAAAUGGUAUAAAAAUGGAAGACCGCUUGAGUCCAAUCACACAAUUAAAGUGGGGCAUGUGCUCACUAUUAUGGAAGUGAGUGAAAAAGAUACUGGAAAUUAUACCAUCAUCCUUACUAAUCCCAUUUCCAAGGAGAAACAGAGUCACAAGCUAUCUCUGAUUGUGAAUGUCCCACCCCAAAUUGGUGAGAAAUCUCUGAUAUCUCCCGUGGACUCCUACCAGUAUGGCACCACCCAGACGUUGACGUGCACAGUUUAUGCCGUACCUCCCCCCCAACACAUCCAUUGGUAUUGGCAGCUGGAGGAAGAGUGUACCUACAAACCCACCCAAGGUCUCCUAACGACAAACUCUUAUGUUUGCAAAGAAUGGAGAAACGUAGAGGACUUUCAAGGAGGAAAUAAAAUUGAAGUCAGCAAAAAUCAGUUUGCACUUAUUGAAGGAAAAAACAAAACUGUAAGUACCCUCGUUAUCCAGGCAGCAAAUGUGUCUGCUCUGUACAAAUGUGAGGCCAUCAACAAAGCCGGGAGUGGAGAAAGAGUCAUCUCCUUCCACGUGACCAGGGGUCCAGAAAUCACUUUGCAGCCUGGCACCCAGCCAACCGAACAGGAGAGUGUGUCUUUGUAUUGCGCUGCAGACAGAACUAUGUUCGAGAAUCUCAUGUGGUACAAGCUAGGCCCGCAGGCGCUGCCUAUCCAUUCAGGAGAGUUGCCCACACCUGUCUGCAAGAACUUGGAUGCUCUUUGGAAAAUGAAUGCCACCCUGUUCUCUAAUAGCACAAAUGACAUUUUGAUCAUGGAGUUCCAGAACACAUCACUGCAAGAUCAAGGAAACUACGUCUGCUUUGCUCAGGACAGAAAGACCAAGAAAAGACACUGUGUGAUCAGACAGCUCACGGUUUUAGAGCGCAUGGCGCCCCUGAUCACAGGCAAUUUAGAGAAUCAGACAGCAAGCAUUGGUGAAACCAUCGAGGUCUCCUGCACAGCGUCUGGGAAUCCCUCUCCACAGAUCAUAUGGUUUAAAGAUAAUGAAACCCUGGUUGAAGACUCAGGCAUAGUACUGAAAGACGGCAACCGGAACCUCACCAUCCGCAGGGUGAGGAAGGAGGAUGAAGGCCUCUACACCUGCCAGGCGUGCAGUGUUCUUGGGUGUGCCAAAGUGGAGGCUUUUUUCAUAAUAGAAGGCGCUCAGGAAAAGACAAACUUGGAAGUCAUCAUUCUAGUGGGUACGGCAGUGAUUGCCAUGUUCUUCUGGCUCCUUCUUGUCAUCGUUCUUCGGACUGUUAAGCGGGCCAAUGGAGGAGAACUGAAGACAGGCUACUUGUCCAUCGUCAUGGAUCCAGAUGAGCUUCCCUUGGACGAGCACUGUGAACGCCUGCCCUAUGAUGCCAGCAAGUGGGAGUUUCCUAGGGACCGACUGAAAUUAGGUAAGCCUCUGGGCCGAGGUGCCUUUGGCCAAGUGAUUGAAGCAGAUGCCUUUGGAAUUGACAAGACAGCAACUUGCAAGACGGUGGCUGUGAAAAUGUUGAAAGAAGGAGCAACACACAGUGAGCACCGAGCCCUCAUGUCUGAACUCAAGAUUCUCAUCCAUAUUGGCCACCAUCUCAAUGUGGUUAACCUUCUAGGUGCCUGUACCAAACCAGGAGGGCCACUCAUGGUGAUUGUGGAAUUCUGCAAGUUUGGAAACCUGUCCACCUAUUUAAGGAGCAAGAGAAAUGAAUUUAUCCCCUACAAGAGCAAAGGGGCACGAUUUCGUCAAGGGAAAGAAUAUGUUGGAGAAAUCACUAUGGACCCCAAACGGCGCUUGGAUAGUAUCACUAGUAGCCAGAGCUCAGCCAGCUCAGGAUUUGUUGAAGAGAAGUCCCUCAGCGAUGUGGAGGAAGAAGAAGUUUCUGAAGAUCUAUAUAAGAACUUCCUGACCUUGGAACAUCUCAUCUGCUACAGCUUUCAAGUGGCUAAGGGAAUGGAAUUUUUGGCCUCAAGGAAGUGUAUCCACAGGGACCUGGCAGCACGAAAUAUCCUCUUGUCGGAGAAGAAUGUGGUUAAAAUCUGUGACUUUGGCUUGGCCCGAGAUAUCUAUAAAGAUCCAGACUAUGUCAGAAAAGGAGAUGCUCGUUUGCCUUUAAAGUGGAUGGCUCCAGAAACCAUUUUUGACAGAGUGUACACAAUUCAGAGUGAUGUGUGGUCUUUUGGUGUCUUGCUCUGGGAAAUAUUUUCCUUAGGUGCUUCUCCCUAUCCUGGAGUCAAGAUUGAUGAGGAUUUUUGUAGGCGAUUGAAAGAAGGAACUAGAAUGAGGGCCCCUGAUUACACAACACCGGAAAUGUACCAGACCAUGCUUGACUGCUGGCAUGGGGAGCCCAAUCAGAGACCAACAUUUUCAGAGUUGGUGGAACAUCUAGGAAAUCUGUUACAAGCUAAUGCUCAACAGGAUGGCAAAGACUAUAUUGUUCUUCCCAUAUCAGAGAUUCUGAGCGUGGAGGAGGAUUCUGGACUCUCUCUGCCUACCUCACCUGUUUCCUGUAUGGAGGAAGAGGAAAUGUGCGACCCCAAAUUCCAUUAUGACAACACAGCAGGAAUCAGUCAGUAUCUGCAGAACAGCAAGCGAAAGAGCCGGCCUGUGAGUGUAAAAACAUUUGAAGAUAUCCCAUUGGAAGAACCAGAAGUCAAAGUAAUCCCAGAUGACAACCAGACAGACAGUGGGAUGGUUCUUGCAUCAGAAGAGCUGAAAACUUUGGAAGACAGAACCAAAUUAACUCCAUCUUUUAGUGGACUGAUGCCCAGCAAGAGCAAGGAGUCUGUGGCAUCUGAGGGCUCAAACCACACCAGUGGCUACCAGUCUGGGUACCACUCAGAUGACACAGACACUACUGUGUACUCCAGUGAGGAGGCAGAACUGUUAAAGCUGGUGGAGAUUGGACCUCAGGUCGGCAGCGCAGCCCAGGUUCCUCAUCCCGACUCUGGAAGCACAUUGAGUGUUCCUCCUGUUUAAAAGGACACACCCAAGAACUCUGUCCUGGAAAUCACAUGAGAGGUGCUGCUCGGAUUUUCAAGUGUUGUUCUUUCCAUCACCAGGAAGUAGCCACAUUUGAUUUUCAUUUAAAAAAAAAAAGAAGAAAAGAAGAAGAAAAAAAAAAAGAACCUCAUAGACUGCAGGGAGCCAGUCUCUUAGGUAUUUCCUGAGAAGAUGCUUGUGACCCAAGAAUGUGUUUCUGUCUUCUCCCAGUGUGGACCUGUUCUCCUUUGCAUUCCAUCUAAAAGUGUCUCUGAAGUCCCUUCCUGUGGGCCGCCCCAGGGGUUAUAAUGAAAACAUUCAAGAGAUGAAUCCAUCCUCCAAGGAGUAGCUGGACCUAGGGAGCUGACCCUGCUGUAGGACUAGAAGAGAAACCAUGCUGUGCAAGUGCUUUCCAUGGUGAAGACAGGCAAGACCGAAGGGCUGAGUCUGUCGGAGAAGCUUUGUAUAGAAUAUGGGUUCUGAGCCAAGUCUUCCAUGUAUGGUUGGAUUGAUAGAUGUUGGCUUGCUUUGAGCACUUACUGGAGCCUGCAGAUGCAUUUGUGUUGGCUCCCACGGAGGUGGUCGUGGGCUCUGUUAGGAAAUGUGAAGGCUGUGGACAAGGUUACUGGUUUCAGAAGGUUGCGUGCUCUUCCUGGUUGGACUAAAUGAGAGUUCCUUGCACUGUUUCCGAUGCUUAAUGAGACUUCCUUCCGGACUCUUACGUGUCUCUUGGCCAAGGCCAAGGAAGGAAAUGAUGCAGCCCUGGCUCCUUGUCUCCCAGGCCGGUCCUCUGUUCAGCCUACCACAAAGAAAGGAUGUUCAGAUGGAGGCUCCAUGGCAUGUUUGCUGAAGAUUUUGACUGUGUAAACCAGCUUCUGGUUUCUUGUGGAUGAAUUACCCCCUGUCUGUCCUGAUGUGAUAUGUCUGGUCUGAAUGCAGUAGGUUUUGAAUCAAGUUGUGGUAUUCGAGUGUCAGGAAGGAUUUGACUCUUUGUUCCCUACUCCCUUACUCUUACCUCCUUGGUCUUCCCAGCCAAUCAAUAUUUUAGCAAUUUGACCUCCACUCUCAUAUAAAAACUAAUUUGGUUUUCUUGCUCUUUGAAUGAUUAUUAGCCGAACCUUCAAAAUUAUUUUAUAGCCAAAGUUAUAACAUCUCUUGUAUUUUUAGACUUUAACAUUUAAAUGUAUUUCUACUGGUUUCUGCCCUUGUUCUUACCUUUUCAAAUAAAGAAAAUGUAUUUUUCAUUUGGUACCAUAGCGUGAGAUGCUGGGAACCAUGAGUUUAAGACAUGCUAUGGCUCAUAUAUUUAUAGUCUGUUUAUGUAGAAACAAAUGUAAUAUAUUAAAACCUUAUAUAUAAUGAACUUUGUACUAUUCACAUUUUGUAUCAGUAUUAUGUAGCAUAACAAAGGUUAUCAUGCUUUUAAUAACUGAUGCCGUUUUAUUAAAAACCAUUGACAAACUGGAAGGAAACCCUUUACAAGGUUGCAUUACUGUUCCUAUCUCUUUUUUUAACUGCUAAAAUGGAGGAAGGAGAAUCAUACAUGUGAUGUUUUCUUAUUUUUAUUUGUUCCCUUACUCUUCUUCAAUGGAUAUUUACAUAAAAUGUUAAUACACUUUAUAAACUAAUAAAUAUAUUGCUAG